GCUGGGACCGGGGCAGGGGCUGGCGCAGGGACAGUGCCGGGGACAUCGCGGCCCCCCCGGCGGCAGCUCCUGCGCAAGCAGCCGCCCGGCGCUGGCGGCCGGAGCAUGGCGCCGCGGGUGCUGCCGCUGCCCAGGCAGCACUCCUUCUGCUCGCCCGUCGUCCUCAACCCCUUCGUCCACCCGGGCCGCCUGAGCGCCGGGGACAAGCUGCGGACUGUUCUUCUGGGGAUUAUUUUGCUACCUCUCCGUGUCAUAUUUAUUACAUUCAUUUUAUUGCUGUCAUGGCUGGUUGCAUCAAUUGCAACUUACCGUCACCAGGGAGGAGGAGCUGUGCCAUUAAAAGGAUGGAGAAGGAGGAUGAUCCAGACAAGCCUUUCAUGCCUAACUCGUACCUUGUUCUUCAUAAUGGGGUUCCAAGUUGAAGUAAAAGGGAAAGUGGCAAGUCUGCUGGAAGCCCCCAUCAUUGUUGCAGCUCCUCAUUCAAGUUUUUUUGAUGCCAUUGUUUCUGCCUUAACUGGAAUGCCAUCGAUAGUAUCUAGAGCAGAGAACCUUUCAACUCCAGUAUUUGGCACAAUUUUAAGUUCCCUUCAGCCUGUAGCAGUUUCUCGUCAAGACCCUGAUUCACGAAAGAAUACAGUCGCUGAGAUAACAAAUCGGGCAUUAUCAGGAGGCAAGUGGCCACAGAUACUGAUUUUCCCAGAAGGCACCUGCACAAACCGAUCUUGUCUGAUCACAUUUAAACAAGGUGCAUUCAUUCCACGAGUUCCUGUGCAGCCUGUGCUGCUCCGAUACCCCAACAAGCUGGAUACUGUGACCUGGACAUGGCAAGGCUAUUCAUUAAAAGAGCUAUUUGUAAUGACAAUGUGUCAGCUCUUCACAAGAGUAGAGGUUGAGUUUUUGCCUGUUCAUGUGCCUACUGAGGAAGAAAAGAAAGAUCCCAUUCUUUUUGCCAACAGAGUCCGACAAACCAUGGCAACUGCUUUGAACGUGCCAGUCACUGAUCAUACUUUUGAAGAUUGCAGACUGAUGAUUUCAGCAGGACAGCUAACUUUGCCCAUGGAAGCAGGGCUGGUGGAGUUCACCAAAAUUAGCAAGAAACUCAACCUAAAAUGGAAUCACGUCAGAGAGCAGUUGGAUACCUUUGCUGCUAUUGCAAGUGCUUCCAAAGGGGGAAGAAUUGGAAUUGAGGAGUUUUCAGAGUACUUGAAGCUGCCUAUUUCAGAUGUCCUCAGAGAGCUGUUUCACCUCUUCGAUAGGAAUGGAGAUGGCACCAUCGACUUCAGAGAGUAUGUAAUUGGUUUGUCUAUUCUUUGUAACCCAGCCAACACAGAAGAGACUAUUCAGAUGGCAUUUAAGCUCUUUGACUUGGAUGAGGAUGGCACUAUAACAGAAAAUGAGUUUGCUUGUAUCAUUCAGUCAGCUCUGGGGGUGCCUGAGCUUGAUGUUUCUAACCUCUUUAAAGAAAUAGAUGCAGAUGAAACCGGGAAGCUGUCCUACGAUGAAUUCAAAGACUUUGCACUCAAGCAUCCAGAAUAUGCCAAGCUGUUUACUACAUACUUAGACCUACAGAGAUACCAGCUAGGUAUGUUGGAGGAAGAUGACAUUCAGCCACCUGAAGCCAAAUACACUCCAGUUGGAAAUGCAGUCCCAGUCUCAGAAACAAGACCAGUGGCAAGAAAUAAAGUCUGUCCUGCAGACAACGAAGAGGAUAACUCAGGUACCUCAGACAAAAAGGAUGACUGAGAACAGUUGAAGAAUUCAUCUCUUGAAUUCUACAGGAAUGUUUUCCCUACCUAUUCAUAAGCACAACUGAGAGAAAAAAGAGAUGAAAGUUGCAAUUCAAAAACAAAAUAUAUAUAUAGUAUCAUUUAUUUUUUUUUUUACUUUUCGUAUCUCAAAGAGCUAUUCCUGAGUGUAAGGGAAAAAACACUGUAAUUAUUUUGUCCUCGAUGCCAGUAUCACACCAUUGGGAA